AAGACUUACUUCAUUAUGAAAUGGCAAAAUUUACAUUGAAAACUAUCUUGGUGCAGCUGUUCAGUUUUUCUACAAUUGUGAAUUGCCAAAAAAGGAACAGUAACUCCUUGGGUGUGUCAGAGCUAAAUUCUUUUUACUUACCAUACUACUAUGUAGCAGGGCUGUGACUGAAGUCUACGCAUUAUUGCUAGCUGUUCUUACAGCUGCUAAAACUGAGAACUGAAAAGCCCUUUGUAGAUGAUCUUCACUCUUUUACAAUUUCUGUGGCUUUCCAAUCCUGUAAUUACUGACCCUGAUGGCACACUGCCCCAAAAAUGAAUACUUUGAUCAUUUGCUGAUCUCUUGCAAGCCUUGUCAUCUUCGAUGUUCUAGUACACCACCGCCGGCAUGUGAAAACUACUGUGAUAAGAGUACUGAUUCAGUUGGAGUUCUUUGGAUUUGCUUGGGCUUAGGAGGAAUUUUAAUGCUCACUCUGCUCACCUUAAUGGUCUUGUUUAAAUGGAAACACUUAAGGCAUCUAAAAGAAAAACUGAAAAACACAGACUCUGCUGUGGAGCUGAGUAAUAUUCUCAAGGUUCAUACUGAAAGCAGUGUGAAUACAGAAGGAACUAGACACUCAUUUCAAAGCAAAACAUUAACCUAUUCAGUGGAAGAAUGCACUUGCAGUGACUGUGGCUUGGUAAAACCUCAGACUGACUGUGAAACUUCAUUUCCAUUACCAGCUACAGAAGAAGGAGCUACUGUGCUAGUCACCACAAAAUCAUUUGACAGUUUCAACUAUAUUCUGGGUGCUGAGUGACUAUAAGAGAGGUAUAUUUUUACUGAAUAGUUAUUGCAGUAUAGCUAUUAAAUUUAAUACUUGCAGUUCAGUGGAGAAGGCUAGUACAUAGUCCUUAUAGGUCUUCCAUUGAGCUUUCAUUAAUAUUGUCUUGCUAUUUCUACUACCUCUUUGGUCAAGUAUUUAUACAUUAUUCUCACGUGCUAAAUUAGUUUUUGGAAUUUUUAACUUCUGAAAGUCCCUACUUUUUCUGCCUUUAGAGCCUGAAUUUACUUUUGCCAGGAACAUACAAUAAAUAACAAUAAAUAAAUUUGCAAAUAAAUAUUUUAUGUUAAUCUCCAAUCUUGUGCUUAAAACAUGCCUGAAGGCACACAUGAAAUGUUCCAAGAGACAGAAAUAAAGACCCAGAUCACAUUUUCAGUCUUGUGAAAAAUAAUUUCAGAUAUUCCCUAGGAUGCUUGGAAUGGGAAUGUUUUAAUAAAGAAUACCUUUGUAGA